AUGAAGGAAAUUAAUAAAUCUGAAAAAGAUAUAAGGCAAUUGUUGCCAGUUAUGUUAAUAGGUUUUGUUACAAUAGUAAUGUAUACUAUAUUUGUUACAUUUUAUUGUAUGGUUCUACUACAAAUUAACGUGGAGAAACAAUAUGUUGACAAUAAUCUAUUAAAAGAAGGAUAUACUAAAUUAAUAACUUUUCAUAUUUUAUUAUUUUUACUAAUUUGGUCAUUUUAUAAAACAUGUACGGUAGAUCCUGGCACAAUUCCAGAUACACAUGAAUGGAUGGUUGAACCAGACGUUAGCAGAAUAAGAGAAAGAGAACUAACAGGUGAACUUCGUUUCUGUGUGCACGAGCAGAAAUAUAAACCUGAUAGAACUCAUUAUUGCAGAGCAAUAAAAAAAAAUGUAUUAAAAAUGGAUCAUUAUUGUCCAUGGGUUGCAAAUUGUGUUGGUUUUUAUAAUUAUAAAUUUUUUUUGUUAAGUUUGUUUUAUGCUAACUUAUGUUGCUUUUAUGUAGAGAUAAAUUGCCAUUCAUCAUUUCCUGAUUUUUAUUCAAAUCCAAAUGUUCUAUUCAAUGAAGUUUUUUAUUUGUUCCUAGAGAUUGUCUUAACUACUGUUAUAUUAUUAAUAAUUUUUCCUUUUUUUUUAUUUCAUUUAUACCUCACUUCGAAAAAUUACACAACUCUUGAAUUUUGUGUUAUUGGACAGAGACAAAAAAAAAAUAUUUAUGAUUUGGGUGUAGAAGAAAAUUUUAAACAAGUUUUAGGAGACAAUUUUUUGUUUUGGUUUUUACCAAUUGGAAAGCCGAAAGGAGAUGGGCUGUUCUAUAAAACUGUUGAAAUUAAUAAUAAAUUUAUAAAAAAAAAUUAA